CAACGACUCUGAUUGGCUGAAAAGAAACGCUCCUCCUGAGAGAUGCGGAAGUCGAGCGAGGGAAAAAAGAAAUAAGAAAAAGUAAAAGAAGCUGCCGUGGUUCCGUGAAUCCAGUCCGUAGCCACGCUACCAAGAGGCAACACUCGAGUGGUGGCCACGUGUUUGGAGGAGAUGGACCGGGAUCAGAACCAGGACCAGGAGUCCAGCAGGACCAAAGCGGACUCUUCCUCCGCUGGUCUGCAGAAACAUAAAGCCAAAGAGAGAACAACAAGUUACUGCUGUGAUAGGAGGGAUAAAGUCGUCACCACUUCACCGGGUCUGAAGGUCCGAAAGGGGAUUCAUACUGAAAAGAAGCUGUACAGCUGUGAUCAGUGUGGGAAAGCUUUUACCCAACAAUGUGAUCUGAGGAGUCAUCAGCGUAUCCACACUGGAGAAAAGCCGUACAAAUGUGAUCAGUGUGGGGCAGCUUUUACCCAACAAGGUCAUCUAAGGAGCCAUCAGCGUAUUCACACUGGGGUUAAGCCUUACAGCAAGACGUCGUAUCCUACUUUCAUGGAAAUCCCCAAAGUCUCCGUCUAUUGCUCUUUGGCUUAG